AGAUUGUAGAAUAGGAGCAGGAAGAAAAUGCUGCGAUCUAAUUGAGUAAAAGAGUCACAGCGAGAAGUGCUGUCGAAUAAUAUCAAGCCUAUCUCGACUGAAUACUUACUCAAGAUGUCGACCUCCAGCCCCUCUACCCACCAGGGCAGUGGCUCUAGCCCGUGUGCGAAAAUUCCUUGUGCUGGUGCAGCGAUAACCAGUGCCGGUCUUGGUUCCACCAGCCAGCAACUACCGGACCAGACGACAGGCGAAAAAUACAUCGAGACUCACGUGCACCCCAUCCUUGAGAAGUUGGGCGAGGCGCUUGCGGCCGCGGUGCCGGAUGAUGUGGACAAAUUUGUGCAUGAGUGGCUCCUAAUCGAAAAAGAGAUAAGCGAACAAACUGUGGUUUCCGGAAUAGAAUACAAGGAAACUACAACAUCAACCUGUAAAACAACGAGCAAAACAGGAGCAAAAGACGAGAAAAGCAAUAAACCGGUGAAGAACCUGCAGGUGACCAAUUCCCAGCGCCGGGAAUUCGUGCAGAACCAGGUGUCGCCGCUUCUGUGGCAAAUCACGUACGACUGUUUGACCAAUCGUCCGAUUGAAGUGGUGCAGUUUCUGGCCGACAAGUUUCGCAGGAAGGUGCACAGGCGGAGCCACAACCAAAACCGGGACUCGCAUCUGUCGCAGUCCCAAAGGUCGAGCGGGAUUCACGACAGUGACAACGAUGGUUUGGGGUUGUCCGAGGAUGACGAGGUCAGCGAAAAGGAGGUAGAACGGAUGCGCUUGUUGAUGCACGACCGGAGAAUCGGGGUCUCGGCGGAGAAGAUGAGUUCGAAGGACAUGAAGAACUACCAGCCACCCUACUUCGAGAAGACGGAGACGCAGAAAAAGGACUUGAAAAAUUUGAUCCGAAGGAGCAAGGACGGGAAAAUUCACAUGUUGUUCGGCCUGGUCAGCGACGCUACCCUAGACAAGGUACAGGAACUUCUAAUUGGAGACAAAUCAAGCAGUAGCAUGGUGUUUGGUGGUGCAUGCAAGCCGGAGUCUUUCUCCAUUGCUUUUUUGCAAUACAAAUUUUUUUCUGUGAUGUCACUGUAAGGUCGUCGACGCCAUGGAGCUGAAGGAGAUCAAGAAAUCAAUAAACGUGAUCGAGCAAGUGUCAAGAAGAAAAAUCCCCCCUCCGCAUAUCAAAGCGGAAAUCUGUGAUGCAGAUUUGCAGUCACAAAUCAGCUUUGUCAUGCUAGAAGGGAAAAGAUGCGGACUGUAGUGCUGGGUGGCGUGGGGAAGCCUUGCAUCUUCAGCAUGACACGAAGCAGCUGCGAGAGGGAAACAGCAUGACAAAUUGCCUGCAAACGAGGCCACAACUGCGGGUCUUGGCCUUCUAGCAUUACAAGCCGAUUUGUGUACUCAACUACAGCAUCACAAAUUUCGUUUUCGAUAUGGGGUGGGGGGAUUUUUCCUUUUGAUAGCAAGGCCAACCCGAAGGGGACUAUUUCUACAUCGUGCAAAACGGCGCGUUCGACAUUCUGGUCAACAACAGCAAGGUGUUCGAGGCCGGUCCCGGGUUUUCUUUCGGCGAACUCGCGCUACUGUACAACGCCCCCCGGUCUGCGACGAUCAUAUCCAGUGAAAAUGUGAUGUUGGGGUCUGGAAGUGGAAGAAAACAGGCAGGGGAGACGGAGAAUUGUUCCUGUCCCCUGGUGACAAAAAGCGCACAUGUUUCGCUUGCUGUGCAACAGAGAUGUUCACUGCUCUACGCACAGAGUCCGCAUUGCAGAAGUAUGCAUUCUUGUUCCAACCCCGACGUAUUUGCAAUGCAUACAUUAAGGCGAAUAUCGACUCCACGGUGUGGCGAUUGGACCGACUCGCGUUCCGGAUGCUGGUCGUGACGGCACAGGAGCUGAAGAUGCAGGAAUACGUGAACUUCCUGCAGAAAGUGCCGAUCUUCGAAACCUUGUCGGGGCACGAGGUGUCGCGGUUGGCGGAGGUUGUGCAGGAGGAGGAUUUCGAAGAGGACGAAGCCAUUAUCGAGCAAGGGGCUGUGGACAACAGCAUGUAGGAUGAUUUUCUGUUAAUUUCUCGUACAAGUAUGCAUGAGGAAAAUCAUGCUUAUUAUCCGCCGCCUUUGCAGCGUUGUAGAUUGCUAUGCUAUUCUCAAUAGUCUUGAAAAAUAUACGCCAGGUUCAUCGUUCUGCAGGGUUCCUGUGUGGCUUGCAUCCGCCAAGAAUCCAAAACGUCGACGUCCACUAGCGAUAGCGCGCAACCGCAGGAGGAGGACGAGAUCGAGGUGGCGAACUACGGCCCCAGCGAUUACUUCGGCGAAAUUGCGCUGCUGAAUUCUACGCCGAGAAAGGCGAGCGUCUAUGCGACGGAACCGAACACGGUGUUGCUCAUGGUGGACGCCCCGUCCUUCCGGCGCAUUCUGGGGCCAGUAAAGGACAUUUUAAAGCGGAAAAUUUCGCUGUACCAAAAAUACGACGAUUUUUUCCAGGUGGACGAUGUGGCGAAAGAAUCGUCGAACCAGAAAGACAAGAUGAGUCUGACAAACACGGGGGGCACAACGACCACCUCGAUCGACGCGUCGAGCUUAACCAGUACGGCCGGAAGUGGCGGCAAUCCGACCGCGUCCGCGAGCAUCAACAACAAGUUAAAGCAGGCGGCUAGGAAGUACCGGAAGCGCGGGGCAGAGACGGGGGCGAAGAAAGCGAACAAGGAGAGUUGUGUCGGAGCGAACGCGGGCGGCACGAGCCCGACCGGGGGGUCCCGAGGGUUCACCAGCACAACGUUACUACAGGAGAAGGAGCCCGAGACCUUGAAGGAAAAGGUAUAGAACGAAGAAAAUGUGUGUUGAUCAUGUUGGACGAACUUGUGAUGCGGCGGUGACAAUACGUUUGUAGUGUAUCAUGCGAUAAUAUCAUAUGAACCACAAAACUAUACACCAAACAACGCAGAUCGCCGCGGAUUUCGCCCGUCCAAAUCUGGUGCAGGCGAUCGACGACUUUUCCUUAUCGAAAGCCUUUAAGAACUAUCAAAUGUAAAAAUGUCUGGGUCUGGAAGAUUGCGAGGUUUGUCAUGCUUGUCUGGCAUGGCCAAAAAGUUUGUGAUGCGUGUCCAAGAAGAGAAGCUUUUGCCUGUCAUGCAAAAACGCAGUUUGUCAUGCGAAAAACGCAACACAAAGAAGCGCAGAUAUUUCUCAUGCUUGGCUGUGCAUUACAGAGCAUUCACUAUUCCCAACGCAGCAUUACAAGUUUCCAGACCCAGACAUUUUUGCAAUGCAUAAGAACACCGCGACGGCCUUCUCUGUUUUGGGGGAAUUAAAACCCGAACAGAAGUUUAAGGACAACAAGCCGUUAAAGUUCGAAUACAGUACUAGCACAGCGGGAGCGGCACAACCGUCUGCCACCACAAUAAUUCCAGUCACGAAAAAGACCACUUCGGAAACUGCGGACAAUGAAAUAAAUACGAAUUCCAACAAGCAAACCUCCUACUCCUUCCAAGUCCCCAGCACUCUCAAAGGCCCAACCACGGGCUCUUUGUUCAUCCAAAAGGGCCAGAAACACAACUUCGAUCCGACCCCGAAUCAGGACAACAUGUUUUUCCACACGUUCAACAACGGGAUUCUUUUGACGGGCGUGUGCGACGGCCACGGCCCCUUCGGCCACAUCGUUUCUCUCCGGCUGGUGCAGUCGCUGCCGUUCUUUCUCGUGAAGAACAACGAAAAGUUGUUUUGCGGCUCCGCCACAACCUUGCACAGCGACGUGGAUUGGCAGGGGCUUUUCAACAAGGCGUUCGGGGACGCGAUGCAGGAUUUGGUGGACUUUGGGAAGAAGGAGAACGUCAAUUUAGACGUGUCCGGGUCGACCGCGUCCGUGUUGCUGAAGCACGAACAGAAGCUGCACCUCGCCUGGGUGGGGGACAGCAACAUCAUGAUUGCGAGUUACAACCGGCACGAUUCCACGGAAAUUUUUACGACCGAUCCCCACGUAUGAGAGUGCACAACUCCCCCUCCCCCCCAUUUGUAUUGCAUGAACAGCAAUACAAACACCAGCACACGUGGAGCCUGUGCAUGACAAAUUCAUGCGCCUAGUGUAGUAAUUGUACUGUUUGGGCUUCCGGAAUCUGUCAUGCAAACAGUGCCACAGGGAAGCACUUGGAUUUGAGGAUUUGCAUGACAAAUGAGGGGGAGGGGGAGUUGUGGACUCUUAUACCACGUCCCCGAGUCCGAGAAGGAUCGGGUGGAAUCGCUCGGUUUGGCGGAGGUGCGGGAAAUUGCGGAGAACUCCUACCUAUGCAUUGCAAAUAUGUCUGGGUCUGGAAGAUUCGAAACUUGUAAUGCUGUCCCUGGAUUCUAAAAAAAUUUGUAUUGCGUGACCAGUAUGAGGACUCACACUCAGCUUUGUGCUACGCGGAGAGGGCAUUUCUCAUGCGUUAGAGGCAUCGCAAAGUCCUCUAAACGUCUGUGAUGCUAGGGCAUGCAUCACAGACAUCAUGGGUCAUUCAAAAUAUGCAUGACAAGCCUGGCGAUCUUCCAGACCCAGACAUUUUUACAGUUGAUACUACCGGAUCUACUUGAAAGGGCAGAGCGUGCCGGGGCUCACGAUGAGUCGCGCGAUGGGGGAUCUGAUGCUGCAGGGCAAGGGGGUCACCUGUUUGCCCAGCUACAAACAGCUCGCCAUGCAACCGGGUGACGAGUGGUUUGCGAUAGGUAUUCGUUGUGGGUAUGUGCACUCCUUGGGUUCUUUGAUAGAUCGACGACUGUCAUAUCAUGUCGAUGUACCUAGUUCCUUUUUUUUUGACGAAAACGGAUGAGCAUUCAGUUUUUCAAGAUAAGUACUGCUCUGGACAGCAUCCGUGAAAGUCGUUAUGCGCGAUCGAUAGAGAAUGAGAAACACACCACAUCAGUUGCGUCUGACGGCAUCUGGGAAUUUUUAACCUCUGAAGAGGUAGUGAAAUUUGCGGCGAAAAAGUUGCGGUUGAAAGGCGUGCGGGAAACGAAUAAAGCGCUGAUUGAUUCGAGCCGGAAGCGGUGGGCGCAGGUGGAGGGUGAUUACUGCGACGACAUCGCCUCGCUGGUGCUCAUGUUCAACUGCAAACCCUUACCGGAUUCCUCGGCCAACAUGCUGCUUCAGGUGGAAGCGGAGUAGAUUGGGCGUGUAACGACUUCUCCGCUCGACGGUUCGUUUCAUCCUGAGGGGAGAUAACGGGUCGAGAGUAGUUACUUCAAAAGUAAAAGCGAAGUGCUGGUCAUGAUAAUCACGGGGAAUAUUGAUCCUUGGUUGUGAAACAGUGUGAGAAACAAAGAUAGCAGAGAAGAAGACACACCGGCACACACGGUGCCAGAGGUAAAGGCACUUGGUGCAGUCACUAGCAACUUCAUGUUUUUUUGUGUUACCGGCUAGCGCCGUUUUUACUAUAAUUUAGUCAAUUUUUACUACAGUUGAUCUUCGUUUCAAGAUAGUACAGACAGCUUAAAAGUUCAAAGGAGUUUCAAGACUUACAGAUACGCGCUAGAGUCUUUUGUUUCUGAGAUUUGUGCAAAAUGAAAUGCCACCUAUCAAUCAACAUUCGGAGCUCCAACACAACUACACAAUUUAUCUUUAUGGCAUGACUUUAAUCAAUGAAAGAUUAAGAUUAAGAAGAUGAUCGUCUAGGUUUCACAUAGCACCAUGCUUCCAUCAUUGCGAGAACACGAAAACUGGAGUUUCACGAGAUUCUAUUUCUUGGAGGCUACUUGCACGCGUCGGCAUUCUAGAACGCUGCAUACGGUAUCAAACUGGUACCAAGCUCGCAAAAGGCAUGACGUCAACCGUAUCGACUAGCAUCAAGAGACAUAAGUGUCACACGAAAUUUUGCAACUUCGAACAUCAGUCGAGAAUGUCAUAGAGCCUCAUCAAUUGGACGCCGAUAAUUCAAAAACGACGGCUGGAUGGUGCUUCACUUUUUAUUUGAUCAAUUGGAAAUUGAUAACGGAAU